UCUUCCAUGGCUACCGUUAGAGAUGAAUCGGACUACGACAGUAGCCGUCCGUCGUCGCUCACGGCGCUGGGCUCCCGCCGGAGCUGGAUCAGCGACAUUGGCAGCUCCAGCUCGGUCUCUGGCGGCGGCGAGACCCCCUGCCGCCACAGCAAGCCCCACAAAGCCAACCAUGCCGAGUGGGAGGCCAUCGCGCACGUCCGCGCAGCCGCCACCGGCGGCAGCGUCGGGCUGGACCACUUCCGCCUCGUGCGGCGCCUCGGCAGCGGCGACCUCGGAAACGUCUACUUGUGCGAGCUCCGCGAGCCGCCGCACCGACCGUCGUCGUCCGGGCGCCUCUACUACGCCAUGAAGGUGGUGGACAAGGACGCGCUGGCGUUCCGCAAGAAGCUCCGGCGCGCGGAGGUGGAGCGGGAGAUCCUUCGCUCCCUGGACCACCCCUUCCUGCCCACGCUGUACGCCGACUUCGAGGCGUCGCACUACGCCUGCCUCGUCAUGGAGUUCUGCCCCGGCGGCGACCUCCACGUCGCCCGGCAACGCCAGCCCGGCCGCCGGUUCAGCGUCGCAUCCGCGAGAUUCUACGCGGCGGAGACGGUGCUGGCGCUGGAGUACCUGCACAUGAUGGGGGUUGUGUACCGGGACCUCAAGCCGGAGAACGUCCUGGUGCGCGCCGACGGCCACAUCAUGCUCUCCGACUUCGACCUCUCCCUCAAGUGCGACGACGUCAUCCCCAAGCUCCUCCGCCAACCGAGAGGGGACGGCGCCGGCGCCAACCCGAGCUCCACCUAUGGUCACUCGUCGUCGUGCGUGCCGCCGAUCCAGCCGGUGCUGUCAUGCCUGUUGAAUGGUGUAACACGCAAGCGCCAGGUGCCGAUGCCCGGUGCGGCGGCCGUGGACGCCGACGCCGCCGAGCAUUCCGAGCCCGAACAGACGUCUGAGUCUGACCCUGCAGAGGUGGUGGUGGAGCCUGUGGCGGCCCGGUCCUGGUCCUUCGUGGGCACGCACGAGUACCUGGCGCCGGAGGUGAUCUCCGGACAGGGCCACGGCAGCGCCGUGGACUGGUGGACGCUGGGGGUGUUCAUGUACGAGAUGGUGUACGGCCAGACGCCGUUCAAGGGGGCGACCAACGAGGAGACCCUCGCGAACAUCGUCAGCAAGCGGCCAGUGGCCUUCCCGCGGAUCCCGGCGUCGGCGAGCUGCGGGGAGCGAGAGGAGCUGCUCCGGGCGCAGGACCUCAUGGCCCGACUCCUGGCGAAAUGCCCCGGGAAGCGGCUAGGGAGCUGCACGGGGUCGGGCGAGGUAAAGCGGCACGGGUUCUUCCAGGGCGUGAACUGGGCGCUCGUCAGGUCCGUCCGGCCGCCGGAGGUGCUCGUGCCGGCAGCAAGGAGCAAGGCGAAGACGAUGAGCAGGAAGGAGCGGCAGGAGCCGUACAAGCAGCAACAUGAGGACCAUUUUGACUACUUUUGAGUUGACACCUUGUAGUCUAGACUAGACGGGCAGACGGGGUUAAUUAAGCAGUGUUCAUAAAUUAAAGUUGGUAGUGAUUUCACAACGAAAUAUUACAGUUUGCAUACGCCAGACCAGAACCUGACCGGAGAUGGAGACGCCGUGGCUCGUUGCAGUGUGAUCGUGGGGGACAGGAACAAGGUUGCCGGUGCGGGGUACGAGACGGGGAUUGGUCGACGGCGUUGGACUGGACGAGAACAGAGAUCAUUCCACGGUGAAAGUGUCUUCAACUCUGAAAAACUGUUCGCUUUGUUGAUCACAUGGAUUGAUCAAGAGGGUACCACAAUAUGGUCAAUGGAAGCAACAGUUAACGUAUGGAUCAUAUGGACGAUCAAAGAGAAAAUCAGUUCUCUCUGUAAAAAAGGAGAAUUACUCAAGAGUUUUGUAGUAGUAUAUUUUCCUCUGUUACCAUGUGUAGUCAAACUGAAUGUACUACCAUCUUUAAUGAAGGAUAUGUAAUGCCUGUGUGUUGACCUGA